AUGCGCUACGAAUUCGAUGGCUACUCUGAGCCGAGCAGCAGCCCAGGCUACACCAACACCAACUCCCGCACUCAAGGCUCCGGAAUAGGUGCCGGCGGAGACAGCGAGCGACAUCGUCAAGAGGGACAGAACGUACGUUCCAGCGGCGCUUACUAUGGAACGGGUCGAUUCGCUGCUGAAAACGAGAGACAUCAUCGUACUUACACGUCCAGUGGCCAUCGCACCGGCCCUGAAAGAUCUGGUGGGAUGAGGAGUGAGGCAGAGUGGGAAAGAUUGUUCAUGGAGGCUCUUCGAAGGGCAGGAGAGAGAAGGCGGACAGAGACCGCUGGAUUUGGUGGAAUGGGAAUGGCGGAGGGAGGCGCUGGUUUUGGGGAGUAUGACCAGCAAGCCUUUGGAACGCACCGAGGCAUGAGCUACGAGGAUAUCUUUGAGGGUCUCUUUGGUCAUUCUGGAGGUGGUUUCAGUGGAAGGGGGUCCGGCGGCCAAGAACGUGGGUAUUUCGGCGUCGACUCCGGAUAUGGUGGUCAGGGAGGCCCCUUUGGAUCAGCUAGCAGCCCGGGACUCAGCUUUGAGGAGCUGUUCGGAUCACCUGGCUAUGGUGACGGCUAUAUUCAACAAGGAGGCUAUACCGGAGGCCGGGCACCGACGGCCGAUAACAGUAGGCGUGGCGGUGCCGGCAUGACGUGGGACGAGCUAUCGGAUCUGUUCCGGGCGAGACGCGACAGGAUUAGCCCCUAUGGAUACGCUAGUGGACCUCCUCCCCGCGAUCUUUUUGAUCGAUGGCAUUCGGAUUGGUAA